CCGCGCAGCCAAUGGGGGCGGGCCGUGCCGCAGGCGGCGGCGGCGGGCUCGGGCUGCACCGUGCGGCCGCCACCAUGCCCGAGUGCCCGGAGCUGCACCUGGCCGGGCGCUUCGUCAACGGGGCCUGCGGAGCGCUGGUGUUCGCGGGCGGCGUGGAGCGCUCGGCCGUGGGCCGCGGCCCCGAGGUGCCCUUCCGCAGCGAGGCCUACGGCAUCUCGGCCGUCGCCCGCGGCAAGGAGCUGCGGCUGACGCUGAGCGCGCUGGACCGCGCCGCCGGCCCCCCCGCGCAGGACCUGGUGUUCCGCUUCGGCAUGUCGGGGUCGUUCCGGCUGUGCCCCGCCGCCGAGCUGCCCCGCCAUGCCCACCUGCGCUUCCUGACCCGCGAGAGCCCCCCCCGCGCCCUCUGCUUCGUGGACCCCCGGCGCUUCGGGUCCUGGCGCCUGGGGGACGCCUGGCAGCCGGAACGCGGGCCCUGCGUCGUCUCCGAGUACCAGGCCUUCAGGGAGAAUGUGCUGAAGAACCUGGAUGACAGGGCUUUUGACAAGCCCAUCUGUGAGGUCCUCUUGAACCAGAAGUAUUUCAAUGGAAUUGGGAAUUACCUGCGUGCUGAGAUCCUGUACAGACACUGGAAGUGCCAGAAGCCAGGCAUCAGGCUGCUGUGUAACUCUCUCAGGUUGAAGAUCCCUCCCUUUGAAAAAGCUCGGACCGUGCUGGAGGCCCUGAAGGAGCAGGAGCAGGAGAGGAGGAAGAAGGAUCCUUCCCUGACGCUGAGCAAGAAGGUGAAGCUGAGGCAGGAGAACCCAGAUCUCCUGGAGCUGUGCCACAGCGUGCCCAUGGAGGUCAUCAUGGCAGAGAAGCAGCUCCUGGACCCCGAGCACCCAGAUUAUUACGCCACCUUUAAGAACUGGCUGCAGUGUUACUUGGUGCCUGGCAUGAGCUCCCUGCGUGACCACAAUGGCAGGACCAUAUGGUUCCAGGGAGAGCCUGGCCCCAUGGCUCCCAAAGGGCAGAGACCCCGCAAGACGCCCCGCAAGAAGAGCCCUCAGCUGAAGGCAGAGCCCGAGGCAGCGAGCCCCGAGGUCACCCCACGUGCCUCGAAGCAGCGCCGCAGGGCUGCAGCAAAACCCCUGAAGUCAGAGGAGAAGGAGGAGGAAGAGCAGGCUGACGGGCCAAGGAAGGGACGUGCUCGUGGGAGGAGGACAGUGGCUGCUGCUCCAGCCUCGCCUGAGGUGCCUCAGAGUGUCAGAAGAAGCCGCCGGCUAUCUGCUCACAGGGGCAGAGGUGCAGCCCCUGCCGUGUGACUGUCACCUGCUGCCACCUCCUGGGGGGCAUUUAAGGGCCAAGAGGAGCUCAGGCAGGGCCUGGCCACAGACCAGGGUUAGUGCUAGUGAAAACAGAGCUGCUCCCUCCCUGUGCUCACAAUUGUUUGCUACCGUGGCAUCCUGCCACUGUGGGAGGGAGAAGCUGAGCCUGGUGAUGGGACUUUUCCUGUUUCCACAGGCAUUUCAGGGGAAAAAGGGCCAGGACCACGUGUUGUGCUGGACUCUGACUCUUCCCUCUCCCUCUUCCCUUUCUAGCUGCUGAUUAAAUCACUGUUUUUAGCUGACUAAUAAAGUAUUUUGUGUAGAAA